AGGGGGCAGCAGUUGGCAGCAGAGGGCGGCCCGGCGCGGGGAGGAGAAGAAGGUGGAGAGCUGCGGCGGGCCGAGUCUUUAAAUCGCCUUCAUUUCCCCCAAAUCCUUCCUUUUCCUCUCCUCCCCCAGGCCAGCGGGGAGGCAGCUUCCACCGCCCUCCGCGCGCGCUCUCCCGGCCUUGCUCUCCCCCCAGAGACCGCUAGCGGCCCGCCUCCAAAAGUUUGAUCAUUUCUCUCUGCCUUUUCUUGCUUCUUCCUUUUCGGUGGAAGCAGAAAAAGAGCGAGGCAGGGGCAAGCGCGACUCAGGGACUCCUGGGACCAUGGGCCUGGAGCAGGCGCCCGCAGGGCUGGGGCCGUGCUGUCCGCCUACUCCGGCGCCCCUGGGCGCAGGGCUGCCCUGGGGGGGGUUUCUCUUUGCCUGGAUCUUGAUUGCAUUUGCCUGUCACCUGGCCUCCACCCAAGGAGCUCCUGAAGAUGUGGAUGUCCUCCAGCGGCUGGGCCUCAGCUGGACGAAGGCUGGGGGUGGCCGCAGCCCCGCACCUCCCGGUGUUAUUCCUUUCCCGUCUGGUUUCAUCUUCACACAGCGAGCCAGGCUGCAGGCCCCCACAGCCACAAUUCUUCCCACCACCCUGGGCCGGGAGUUGGCACUGGUGUUGAGCGUCUGUUCACACCGGGUGAACCAUGCCUUCCUCUUCGCCAUCCGCAGCAGGAAGCACAGGCUGCAACUGGGCCUGCAAUUCCUCCCUGGCAGGACACUGGUCCACCUGGGACCCCGGCAAUCUGUGGCCUUUGACCUGGAUGUUCAUGAUGGACGCUGGCACCAUCUGGCCCUAGAGUUGCGUGGCCGCACGGUCACAUUGGUGACAGCCUGUGGGCAGCACAGGGUACCUGUCCCACUGCCUUCCCGUAGGGACUCCAUGCUUGAUCCCCAGGGCUCCUUUCUCUUGGGAAAGAUGAACCCCCGUGGUGUCCAGUUUGAAGGCGCACUCUGUCAGUUCAGCAUCCAUCCCGUGGCGCAGGUCACUCAUAAUUACUGUGCUCACCUGAGAGAGCGGUGCCGACAGGUGGGCACAUACGGCCCCCAGGUGGGAGCCCUCUUUCCUUGGGACUCUGGACCAGCCUUUGCUUUACAUCCUGAACCAGCCUUGCUUGGUCUGGGGAACCUGACUGGAACCCCAGCAACCCUGGGGGCCAGGCCUGUAAUCAGGGGACCCAUGGUGACUAUGGCUCCUGUUGUGCCUACCAAGCCUCCGAGGAUUGUCCCCCUAGAUGUCUCUCAAAACAGCUUUUCCCAGACUCCACCGGCACCUGCCAAACAGUCAACCAGAAAAAUGCCCUCCCCCUCCCCUUCAGCCUCUCUGGCUAGUUCCACCAAGAUCGCUCAUUCAGCUGCUGCCCAGCCACUACCAAUCACAGCCACUAGCCCCCCCAAACACCCCCCCACCAAGCCUCCUAUUUCUUCCCUUCCAGUUACCCCCAUGAAAAGUUCCCAUCCAAUCCAGAAAACAGCCGCCCCUUUACUCACAAAGCCCAAUCUACCCACCCAGAAGUCAGUUGCCCCCACCCCCCACCUAGCCCCUUCCAAAGCCUCUAGCCCCACUGUGAGGCCUAUCCAGAAGACCUCCAUGACACCUCGACCUCCAGCCCCCAGCCCCCAGCCCCUGCACCCUACUGCUGGCUUCUCUAAGAAGUCCACUAUUCCUACAGUAGCAAAGCCUAAGUCCAAAGUAACCAGCUGGGCCAUCAAGCCAGUCUUGACCGGCACCAGUGCCCCUAAAACUCUUCAUCAAUCUAUUGUGUCCCAGUUUCCUGGUCCCCAUCUGGGCUCUUGGACACUGGCUACAGCCCUCCCUCCAUUGGGCGUUGGACAUGCUAGAACAAUGCAUCCCACUCGUGACUCUGUUUCAACUGCUGCUGGAAGCAAGAAAUUCACAGGACUGAACGCCUCCAAGAAAACCAGACGUAAGGGCAGCUCCCGGAAGACCAUACCUCUCAGCCCUGGGAAGACAGGCAAGAAUGCCUCACCAAGAGACCUGACCACUCAGCCCAGCCAGCAGCUGUCCACCCCAGCCCUGGUCCCUGCCCCAGCUCAUCUCCUGUCCUCCAGCCUCCGGCCCACGAGCAGCAGCUUCCCUUUCUUCCACCUGCCGGGCCCCACACCUUUCCCGAUGCUGAUGGGGCCUCCAGGUUCCAAGGGAGACUGUGGCUUGCCGGGCCCCCCUGGGCUUCCUGGAUUACCUGGAUCUCCGGGUGCACGAGGCCCUCGGGGUCCUCCUGGGCCAUAUGGAAACCCAGGCCCACCUGGCCCUCCUGGCACCAAAGGACAGAAAGGGGACCCGGGACUCUCACCAGGACAGGCUCACGAUGGGGCGAAGGGCAACAUGGGCUUGCCUGGGCUCUCCGGAAAUCCAGGACCCUUAGGACGGAAGGGACAGAAGGGCCAUCCUGGAGCAGCAGGGCACCCUGGAGAACAGGGACAGCCAGGACCUGAGGGCAGUCCAGGGGCCAAAGGUUACCCUGGCAGGCAGGGGUUCCCUGGACCUGUAGGAGAGCCUGGACCCAAAGGCAGCCGGGGUUACAUUGGGCUUCCGGGUCUCUUUGGUCUGCCAGGGUCGGAUGGAGAGAGGGGCCUCCCUGGUGUUCCUGGCAAGAGGGGCGAGAUGGGUAGGCCGGGAUUUCCUGGAGACUAUGGGGAAAGAGGCCCCCCUGGACUUGAUGGGAACCCUGGAGAAAUUGGCCUUCCAGGGCCACCAGGAGUCCUCGGCCUCAUUGGUGACAUGGGAGCAUUGGGUUCAAUUGGCUACCCAGGACCCAAAGGCAUGAAGGGACUGAUGGGCGGCGUGGGGGAGCCCGGACUGAAAGGUGAUAAGGGCGAACAAGGGGUGCCAGGUGUGUCGGGAGAUCCCGGUUUCCAAGGAGACAAGGGGAGUCAGGGAUUGCCCGGGUUCCCUGGUGCCCGGGGGAAGCCAGGGCCUCUGGGUAAAGCUGGAGACAAAGGCUCACUUGGGUUUCCUGGACCUCCUGGUCCCGAGGGUUUCCCAGGAGACAUUGGCCCCCCAGGGGACAACGGCCCUGAAGGCAUGAAGGGUAAACCUGGAGCCCGAGGCCUGCCUGGACCCCCUGGACAGCUGGGGCCUGAGGGAGAUGAAGGACCCAUGGGGCCACCGGGAGUCGCUGGCUUGGAGGGCCAGCUUGGAAGGAAGGGCUUUCCUGGGAGGCCUGGCCUGGAUGGCUCUAAGGGGGAGCCAGGGGAUCCUGGACGGCCAGGGCCUGUGGGUGAACAGGGACUCAUGGGAUUCAUUGGUCUGGUCGGAGAGCCUGGAAUCGUGGGGGAAAAGGGAGACCGUGGAGUGAUGGGACCCCCAGGCGCACCUGGACCCAAGGGGUCGAUGGGCCAUCCUGGAACGCCUGGUGGUAUUGGGAACCCUGGAGAGCCUGGACCCCGGGGCCCUCCAGGAUCUCGAGGCCCACCAGGCAUGAGGGGAGCCAAGGGGCGCCGGGGUCCUCGAGGACCUGAUGGACCAGCUGGGGAGCCGGGGUCCAAGGGCCUGAAGGGCCGUGUAGGACCUCGGGGCAGACCUGGCCAGCCAGGACAGCAGGGUGCGGCUGGUGAGCGGGGCCACACAGGCGCAAGAGGUUUCACUGGCAUCCCUGGUCCCUCAGGCCCUCCAGGUGCCAAGGGCCUCCCAGGAGAACCGGGCUCUCAGGGACCUCAGGGACUGGUUGGCCCUCCAGGAGAGAUGGGACUCAAGGGCCCGCCGGGUGCAAUGGGAGAGCCUGGCCUUCCUGGGGACUCUGGGAUGAAGGGUGACCUUGGGCCUCUGGGCCCCCCUGGGGAGCAGGGCCUCAUUGGGCAGCGGGGAGAGCCAGGCCUUGAGGGAGAUCCUGGUCCCGUAGGGCCCGAUGGGUUGAAGGGGGACAAGGGUGACCCAGGGCCUGAUGGUGAGCGUGGCGAGAAGGGCCAGGAGGGGCUGAAAGGAGAAGAUGGCCUCCCUGGGCCCCCAGGCAUCACUGGCGUCAGGGGCCGCGAAGGAAAGCCUGGCAAGCAGGGUGAGAAGGGCCAGAGGGGAGCUAAGGGUACCAAGGGCUACCAAGGACAGCUGGGAGAGAUGGGCGUUCCUGGAGACCCUGGGCCCCCUGGCACCUCAGGUCCUAAAGGAGCCCGGGGCACACUAGGACCAAUGGGUGCUCCAGGACGGAUGGGAGCCCAAGGAGAACCAGGAUUGGCUGGUUAUAAUGGACACAAAGGCAUCACAGGACCUCUCGGGCCUCCCGGGGCCAAAGGCGAGAAGGGGGAGCAGGGCGAGGAUGGCAAGGCUGAGGGGCCCCCCGGGCCACCUGGAGAUCGGGGUCCUGUGGGUGAUCGAGGAGACCGUGGGGAGCCAGGCGACCCCGGAUACCCUGGUCAAGAGGGAGUUCAAGGCCUCCGUGGAGAGCCAGGCCAGCAGGGCCAGCCCGGCCAUCCAGGACCCCGGGGGCGGCCGGGACCCAAAGGAUCAAAAGGUGAAGAGGGCCCAAAGGGAAAGCCAGGCAAGGCUGGGCCGUCAGGCCGGAGGGGGACCCAGGGGCUGCAGGGGCUGCCAGGGCCCCGGGGCGUGGUGGGUAGACAGGGCCCUGAGGGUAUUGCUGGACCCGAUGGGACUCCUGGCAGGGAUGGCCGGCCAGGAUUUCAGGGAGAGCAGGGAAAUGAUGGGGACCCUGGCCCCAUGGGCCCUGCUGGGAGAAGAGGAAACCCCGGUGUGGCUGGCUUGCCUGGAGCGCAGGGCCCUCCAGGAUUCAAGGGCGAAAGUGGCUUACCUGGGCAACUGGGUCCCCCUGGAAAGCGAGGGACAGAAGGCGGAACGGGGCUUCCUGGGAACCAGGGGGAGCCAGGAUCCAAAGGCCAGCCGGGCGACUCUGGUGAGAUGGGCUUCCCAGGAGUGGCUGGCCUCUUUGGACCCAAGGGCCCCCCUGGAGACAUUGGCUUCAAAGGCAUUCAAGGUCCUCGGGGGCCUCCUGGCUUGAUGGGAAAGGAAGGUAUCAUUGGGCCCCCUGGAAUGCUGGGACCUUCUGGACUCCAGGGUCCCAAAGGUGACAGAGGCAGCCGAGGGGACUGGGGACUGCAAGGCCCAAGGGGUCCUCCUGGUCCAAGGGGUCGGCCAGGUCCUCCGGGUCCUGCUUGGCAUCCUAUCCAGUUUCAGCAAGAUGACCUUGGGGCAGCUUUCCAGACAUGGAUGGAUGCUCACAGAGCAAUCAGACCAGAGCAGGGGCACAGCUAUCCGGACCAGCUGGUGCUGGACCAGGGAGGCGAGAUCUUCAAAACCUUACACUACCUCAGCAACCUCAUCCAGAGCAUUAAGACGCCCUUGGGCACCAAGGAGAACCCAGCCCGGGUCUGCCGGGACCUCAUGGACUGUGAGCAGAGGAUGGCGGAUGGCACCUACUGGGUAGACCCCAACCUCGGCUGCUCCUCUGACACCAUUGAAGUCUCUUGCAACUUUACACACGGCGGCCAGACGUGUCUGAAGCCCAUCACGGCCUCCAAGGUGGAGUUUGCUGUUAGCCGGGUCCAGAUGAAUUUCUUGCACCUGCUCAGCUCCGAGGGGACACAGCACAUCACAAUCCACUGCCUGAACCUGACAGUGUGGCAGGAGGGCCCAGGGAGCCUCUCUGCCAGGCAAGCCGUGCGCUUCCGUGCCUGGAAUGGACAGGUCUUCGAGGCUGGGGGUCAGUUCAGGCCAGAGGUGUCUAUGGAUGGCUGCAAGGUUCAUGAUGGCCGCUGGCACCAGACACUGUUCACCUUCCGGACCCAGGACCCCCAGCAGCUGCCCAUUGUCAGUGUGGACAACCUCCCACCUGUCUCAUCAGGGAAGCAGUACCGCCUUGAAGUUGGACCAGCAUGCUUCCUCUGACCUCCGGGCUCCUCUAAGCCUUGUGGGGCCAGGAAGAAGCGGGGGCAGCUGGCCCCAGAAGUUGCAGGUCCCUACCUUAGGACGCGUGCAGGUCCCAGCUGUUAUCUGCUCAUCAGGAGUUGAAAAGGAGUAGCAGGUCUGAGGCUGUCCUGGAGAACCACCCAUCCCAGCUGCGCCCCAGGAACCAACCAAAGAGCCAGUCAGAGCAAGCUGGCCUUGCAGCCCACUCCAGCCCAUGACCUGUUUGUGUAGCUCUGUAGACACCCCCCUUCCCAACUGCCCAAAGAGCUCCCUACCAUUGAUGCCACCUCAAGGGAAGGGGGCGUGUCAUCAGCUGGUUCCUGAUAGGGAGCUUUUGAUGUGCAAUAUUAGAAAGGAGACAUGAAAAAAAGAGAGAGGAGAAAAGAAAUCUAUAUCUAUAUCUAUAUAUAUUAUUUAAACAAAGAGAAGGUGUGUUACUAUUUUUUUUCACCUGGGAGAGGUGAGGAAGAAGAAGAAAAGCUGGGGGUGUGGAGAGGCAGGCCCCCAGGCUGAGGUGCUGACCCCUGGGCUGGGUGCUGGGUGCUACCUCCCACUGUGAAAUCGCUGGUGCUCACAAUUGUAAUUGUGUAUGUGAUUUUUUUUUUAAGGAGAAAAAAAAACCUUAUUUAACAUUCUGAAGGUGCUACUGUUAUUGUUGCCAUGGGCUUUGAAGAAACUCUGAGUGGGCCCUGCCCACUUUCUCUCCUCCAAAUGAGGAGUUAAAAAAUGUUACUAAGCAUCAUCCUUGUAAUCUGCUGAGGAGGAAAAAAAGAAAAAAGAAAGAAAACAAAAGAAGAAAAAAAGAAAAGAAAAAAGAAAACCCAACAAAAAAAAAUCCUACCAGAAACCAGAAAUAGAAAACUUUCUGCUAAUUCUGGGCUUUGAAAUGUCUGCCCUUUGAGAGGGCGCUUUGACAUGGUCCUCCUUUCUCCUGGAGGGGCUUGGCCCCCCUUAGAAGACUGCCCUGGAAGAAGAUGCCUUGAUUCUGAGGAGGAUCCUUGAUUAGGGCUGAUCUUGAAGGUGGACUAGAUACAGAGCCAUCCCCGAAACCAGGUGACACCCCAAGGUCUUCCCUCCUGGGAGCCCGUCCUUCCAAGUGUCUCCAAC